AACUUGGAUGGGCAAAACAUUUACAAUUCGUGUUGCACGCUGCGCAUCGACUACAGUAAGAUGCAGAAUCUGAACGUGAAGUACAACAAUGACAAGUCGCGCGACUACACGAAUCCAAAUCUGCCGACGGGUGACGCGAGUAUCGACGCGGCCUCCCUUGCCCUUGGAGAGUCCAUUACAGGCGCACCGAGCGUCUUGGCGUCACCGUUCGCCGCGAUGCACGGUCUGCCAUCGCCACUUACCGGACCCUACAAUGGGGUACCACCAGCUGGCGGACUUGCCGGUCUUGGAGGCUUCAAUCUAGGUGCCGGAGCACUUGGUGUUCGGGUACCUGGUAGUCCUCAGCCCUCGUGCGUCUUGCUUAUCAGCAAUCUCAACGAAGAGAUGGUCACGCCUGACGCUCUCUUUACCCUGUUUGGUGUAUAUGGGGAUGUACAACGUGUAAAGAUUCUCUACAACAAAAAAGACACAGCAUUGAUUCAGUUAGCCGAGCCUCACCAAGCUCACUUAGCGAUGACACACAUGGACAAGUUAAAAGUAUUUGGCAAGCCUAUCAGAGUGAUGUUGAGCAAACACCAAACAGUGCAGCUACCUCGCGAGGGUCAGCCAGAUGCUGGUCUCACUAAAGACUACACCAAUAGUCCUCUUCAUCGCUUUAAGAAGCCUGGCUCCAAGAAUUAUCAAAAUAUUUACCCUCCAAGUGCAACAUUGCAUUUAUCAAACAUUCCAGCUACAGUAUGUGAAGAUGAAAUCAAAGAAGCUUUUACGAAAAAUGGUUUCACUGUCAAGGCAUUCAAGUUUUUCCCCAAGGACCGAAAAAUGGCACUCAUUCAAAUGCCAAAUAUGGAUGAGGCUGUAGCAGCUCUAAUUAAAAUGCACAACUACCAGCUGAGUGAGUCAAAUCACCUGAGGGUUUCUUUCUCCAAGAGCAACAUCUAACAAGACAGACCAGCGUACGAGCCGCAACAGUGGUUCCAGCCCUACACCCUCGUCCACUAUUGGUACCCCAGUGCCGUACACGACUGAAAUGUGCAUAUACAACCAUUGACCUCAUCUCACCGUCGACUCGUGUACACGAGUUUUGCAUGCUUCAAUUCAGCUGCCAAAACGUUUUGCUCGCCCCUGUGGCAUUAUUAGUGCGAUGCAUGUGGACACGAGCACCGCGAGCAUUCAUAAGAAGUCACAUACAAGUCGGAUUAAAACUGCUGAUGUCCACAAACAGUCUGAUACAAACUUCUUGACAUUUUAUUGUGUGCACCUGGUGCGUGCGGGCUGUUUUUAUUACAUAAUAUUUUUCAGCAUUAGAGGUUUUAGAGGGUUGAGAAUUGCGUUGAUUUUACGAGAGUCACACGCUGAUCGUCUCUAAGCUUCUGCGAUUAAUCAACAAAACAAUAACAACAACAAACACAGAUGCAAAUUGUUCCUAACCGUGGUAUUUUUAUCUUUAUUUUUUUUCGUGAGAAAGAUAAGCGGAAGCCAGAGUAAUUAUUGUGUAUUCUCAGUAUGUCUACGCCCGAUGUACAAUGAUCGUCAUUUGGUCUAACGUGAAGGAUUCCAUGAGUUUUGGAGCGUGCGAAAGAUUUUUUUUUUUAAAAUAUAAAAUGAGAUAAAGCAGGUGUAAUUGUAGCGAGACGAUGCGGAAAGGGGCUUCGAUUGACGGUCCUCAUUCUUGUACAGAAAUUAAACAAACAAACAGACAAAAAAAAAGAAAAAUAGAAAUCAUAAGACAA